GUCUCUCUCUCUCUGUCUCUCUUUCUCUCUCUCUGUCUCUCGUUCACUCUCUCUGUCUUGCGCUUCCCCCCCUGCUGCGAUCUCCUAUGGAAGGCCUACUGUCUUCAAUAUUGUUGAAAUGGCUGAUCAGCAAGACGACUGGGAAGCAGAAGAUGCUAUUUUCCUUGCUGAUAUGCUUCUGGCUCAAGAAAAAGAAAAGAAAGCCAAGGGCGAAGCAGACUCUGCUACAGGCAGUAGUUUUCAGGUCCGAUGGGUGGAAAAAAAUGCUGAAGGAAGUCCACUGCUAAAAAGAAGCAGAAGUGGAGAGACACGAAAUCGUGCUUCAGCUACAGUUUCCGUGGUUCCCAGUGAGGACUCUAUUCCUUUUGAGUCAGCUGAGGAGGUUCUCACAGUGACCCAAUCAGACUCCUCUCAACAGUUAUUUGAGACUGAGAUGAACAAACUGCAGGACAUUCUGCAGACCUCAGAAGAUAAUCCAGAUGCAAGUGGGCAUCCUUCCACCUCCACAUCAUGGGGCUUGCGCCAAUCUGCAGCCCAAGAUGAGUGGCGGAAAGCGAGGUCUCAUCAUCUGAGCUGCUUGCUGUUCUGCAACGUGGUUCCAGAGAAGAACUGCAGCCACUGCACAUCUCCUGCCAUCAUUCGAUGCAGAGACUGCAUGCCAGAGGAGUGGCUGUGUACGGAGUGUGACAUACACAUCCACAAAAAACACACACUCCAUAACAGGGAGUCCUGCAUUGGGGGAAUUUACAAGCCCAUAGAGCCAACAGUGUGCUGCGUAAAGCAAAAUGGCGGAUAUACACUCGUCAAUCAAGUAUGUCUUUUGCCUACAGUGAGGCCUGUCCAGUUGUGCACGUGUGAUCCUGCAACCAUAACAGAAUCAGCUGGUAGAGCAAUAAUUAUGGUUUGCAUAAAUGGUCAGUAUGAUUUGCACUUGCCAAACUUGUCUUGCAAAUUAUGUCUGACACAGUGGACACCUGACAUGAGUGACCUCAUACGCGGUUAG